AUGGACUUCGAUCAUUUUAUCGGGCUCUGCGGCCGAUCCCUCUUCGCAGAAGAGUAUCAAGGGGACUGGGAUGCCGCGUCGGACUAUUUAGGGCAAUCGCGGCCCGAGAUAUCUGAUGUCGAACCGACCGUCUACGCAGAGUACCUGCGAUGCUCAGCCAUCCACUCCAUACUGAUCGGCAGACCGGCAGAUGCCUACAAAAGCCUUGGAGAACUAAAAGGCCUUUUGGAUCAAUUGCCACAAGAAUGGGGACUGCGAUACACAAAUUACACCGUCUUAGCCGACUACACCCGCCGCUAUCCCCCGCUCCUGCGCUUUUACCAUGAGCGUGGACGACCUGUCAAUAUCUCCAUGCUGGGCAACACCAGUGGGCCCGUUGAAAUUACGGAGAGGCUCAUGGAGAACGUUCACAAAUACCUUCCUCUUGGUGUCGCCCGUGACCAAGCAUUGUGUCAAAUUCUGGGGGCUGUGGCGGGAUUUCCAAUGCGAGUCAGGAAUCUAGCGGCUGUAUUCCACCCGCUCUCCCCAGGGGGUCGGGUAAACAUGUCCGAGGAAGACGUCGCCCCUGCAGUUGCUGAGCAUGCUAAGAUAUUCCUCAAAUUCCGCGACGUAGCGGAUGCCCACGGGGCGACGGGGUUGGGCACCUAUCUGGCCCGACUGGUUGCGGAGCUCCACCUUGCAAGCCAGAGUCCGCUGUCCGCUACCAUUUUAGAGGAGCUUUAUCAACGAUGCGAAAGACUGGAAGAUCGCGUGGGAAUGGCCCAUUCCAAGAUGAUGGAAGCGGACAACCUGAUCAGCCCUCCAUUUGCCAGCCCGGUUACACUGAACUUGAUUGUGGUCGAUGUCACCAGUUCCACUUAUAACGAUAAUCUCUGGGAUCCGAUUGAGUUUGAUCUGAAGUAUGAAUAUGAAUCCCAGGCCAGAGAGUGCUACGAGGCGGCCCUGGCUCUUUUCCGAGAGGCGAACUGCAAGCGCGGCCAAGCGGCUGUCUUACUUCGUCAAGGAUGUUGCCUUCAUAAUGUGGCCCGUCACCAGCGGCUCUCCCAUAAACAGGGUCUUGAACUACUCGCAGAGUCCGAAAGGAAACUACAGGAAUCCCUCCAGUUGUUUGGAAGAGAUGAAGCAAAUGCGCAGCUGGUAAAGACCCACCAAAUUAUGGUGGGGAUUACGAAAGGCGCGCCUGUGAAUAUCAAGGCAAUUGCGAGAUCAAUUGGCACAUGGGGCGUGGAUGCAAAGAAUGAGACGAUGGCCCACUGCAUUGGAAUGAUCCUGUCCCGAUAUGCACAUCAGGAGUGGUUCAAAUUCUCCAAUAUGGACACGGCCUUGUUGGCAUGGGAAUGCGCGUACGAAGUGUGCGAGCCUCUGGGAGACAUAAUUCCCUUGUUCCAAUCCGUGGUUGCGCGAGCCCAUGUACAGCACGAGAUGUUUAAUGCGGAUGCAUCGCGGAUCUUCAUUGAAGACGCGCUCUCCAUGGUCGAUGCACUUCGCGAUUACUUCGAUGAUAAAAUCCAAUCCGCGCCGGAGACCCCCAUGGGACAGCUGGACCGCAAAACCGUAUCGACGAACAAAUUCAACACCCUGUGGACCUUCAGCCGCAACGUGAGCAAUAUUUACGUUCGGAUUGAGGAUCUGCAGGGAUUCAACGACUGGAACACUAAGCUCGCUUUCUGGAUGGAGCAUGAUCAGAGCUUCCACGAGUUUCAGCAAAGACUGGAGGAUGAAGACAGUGUUGGUAUCACUCAUCCCGGUCUUUCAUUUCCGAAAAAUAAGGUGAAGGGCCUCUGGCGGAAAACACUCGCCCACGAUGCAGUGAGAGUGAAAUUCGCAUCGGUAGAUAUUACCUUUCGCCGGCUGAUGGAGGAAGGUGAUGUGUUGAAGGCCGAGGAAGGCUUUCGUCGCUUUGUGGACGAGGCACUCGAGCUGGAGAAAGGCUAUACCAGAGAGCUAUACCGCAUCCUGGCAUGUGAGCGGAUUGGGGAUUGCGCCAAAGCGCGGGAAAUCCUGGACUCCAUUGACGACAACGAACUAUUCAACGAAAACCUGGCGGAGUUUCAGCAAGGGAUCGGCAUCCGAAACAACUUCUCCGUCUUUGCGGAGAACGCAAUGACCUUCGUAGUGUUUGGUGGCGAUCGGGAUCGGGCUCAACGAAUUGUUGAUCUCAUUAUUAACAUCCAGCCGUCGUUUUUCGAGAAAAUGAGCGAGAGUGCCCUUGACUAUUCUCUUCGACUUGGCUACUUUGCCGAAACCAUGAAAGACCAGAAACCUGAACUGUGCUUUACCAAACUCCUGGAGGCUCGCCAGAUCAUUGAAACUCGACGCGUUCAGACGAAGGACCUGGAUGCUCGGAUUGGGACAUCAAGUCAAGGGUGGAUUAAUGCCGUCUUCCUUAAUCUUGCGUACAUGUGUUUGUCUUGGGAAAAUUCACGUACCCCCGUGAGUACGAUUUCGGCAUACGAGCAUGGCCAUUUCGAGGACAUUUCAUGGUUGGAGCAUGCUCUUCUAUUUGUCGAAAUGAGUAGGGCACGUGCGGUCCUCGAAUCUCUACAAUCUCAAGCAACGCAAGUGCAAGGAAUGCCCAGUGCUCUUAACACGGGCCCGCUCUCAGAAGCUGUUCACAAGAGACGACUUUUGCGAUCUCUGCUUGCGUUGAAACAAUUGAGCCCGGAGCAGAGUCAGGAGAUUACGCAGCUUCGACAAGAUAUCGAGGAGUUGGAGCAAGACGGGACUCUAUCUUCUGCAACGACUUUCAUCGAAACGGUCAACUCCAUGAUCGAGCCACGAUUGUUAUAUCAAAACAUUGACGCGAACGCCGUGGUGAUCGAGGCCACUUUCAGUCCUCGCGGAUUCGUUUCCUUUGCAGUGACCCGGGACGGGAUUCAACAAACACACCAAGGAACAACCAGCGUCACUGGCAUUCGACGACCAGUGAUGCAGGCAAUGCAAAUCUUGAGAGAUAUGACGGGCUACCUGGGGGAGGAGGAGGAAUCACGCAAGACGGCUCUCCAUCGUCUCGUGCAGGAGGUUUCCGCGCUUCUGCUGGGGCCAUUUACUGAGACCAUUGGAACCAAAUCCCAUGUCAUCUUCUCCGUGUCGGAUCCUAUGACUGCGUUCCCCUUUUCGAUCCUAUUGUUCGAUGAGAAACCACUUUGUAUGCACGCGGCAGUCUCGCAAGUCCCCAGUCUGACUGUGCUUCAUUAUCUCUCCCUACGGAAGUCGAAAUCGGGGCCACCCACGGUAUCUGUUCUGGCCAAGUCGCCGAUGGAAGGACCGUCAGACGGGUCAGACGGUGCCGCGCGAAGUAAUGAAGAGGCCAAUCUGCAUAUGGCAGCAAUUGAAGCCGUCAAUAUUGCCCGCAUGUUCGCUACGUGGCCGAUCGAGGCGUCUCAUCUGACGCGAGAAGAAUUCCGGGGGUACAUCGAAGGAGGAUCUUUGAUCAUGCACAUCGGAACUCAUGGUGAUGUCAACUACCGCAAUCCUCUUCACUCGUCAAUUUCCAUCGGAGCGGGUCAAGAAUUCCGGGUGGUCGACAUGUCUGCACUUCGUAGCAGUGCCAACCUUCUGGUCUUUGCCGCAUGCCUCAGUGGUCUCGGAAAAGCGACUAUUGGCAGUGAAGUGCUCGGCUUUUCUCACGUCGUGUUGAGCACUGGCUGCCAGGCUUAUAUCGGGUCCCUUUGGAAAGUGAGUGAUUUUGGCUCCAUGUUGAUCAUGACCCUGUUCUACCGCCAUUUGAAAAGUAUGCCGCACCUUCCUGUGGCUGAACUUAUGAGGCGGGCCCAGCUGGACCUUCUACAGCUCGACGGCGAAAAGGCUAGUGAGCUUCUGGACGACAUGCUGGACAGCUGGACCGCAACCGAAGAGGAAGGGCAAAGCCCCGCGGAAUUCGUACCUGAUGCCGAAUUCCUUCUACUGACGCUGAAGAUGAUUCUCAGUCAGCUGGACUGGUCCAGCCCCUUCUACUGGGCACCGUUUACCCUAGUUGGAUACGGAGGCUUCCGGUUUGUCCACGAAGACGCUUAA